GAAAAAAAAGUCUUCGGCCUUUCUCCGCCCGCCCGCCCGCCAGUCGGUUCCUCUACACGUAAACCGCCGCUUCCUCACCAAUCCACCACCGUUGUUCCCAAUCCUCAAAUUCUCUGUCGGCCGCCAUCUUUGGAGUCAAAUAUUGGCGUCCUCCUAGUCAAAACUCUCUCAGUUGUAGUCAUGGACUUUAGCAACCACAAGAUCUCUUCUUCCCCUACCUCUACCUCUUCCUCUUCCUCGACGCCUCAACCGACCACCACAACCGCCACCUUCGCCAGCGGGGCCACGACGAGCUCCAACACUGCUACCUCCGCUUCCACCGCCGACCCGAUGCACUCUUGGUGGGAAUCCAUCUCCAGAGCACGCUCCCGCAUUCUCGCUCUGAACUCCCUCCUUGCUCCCGAUCCUUCAUCUUCUUUCUCCCUCUCUUCUCUGGCAGAUUCCGACCAGCCGGCGCUCUCCUUUCUAUCGUCCCUCGACGCUUACUCUCUCUUCUCCUCUGCGAUUUCGAUUCCUUCUUCAGGGUCGGGAUCCGAUCCUCUCUGCCAGUGGCUGUACGAAACCUACCUUUCUGCCGAUCCUCACCUUCGUCUUAUCGUUCUCUCCAUUGUUCCCCUUCUGACCGGAAUAUAUCUCUCCCGGAUCCACUCCUUGGAAUCAACUUCCGCUCCUUCUCUCGCUGGUUUGGAAGCCGUCCUCCUUGCUAUCUACUCGGCAGAGGUGAAAUCUAGGGCCGGGAAGCCUGUUCUGGCCCAGAUUCCAGAUCUCUCGCAGCCGUCUUUGUAUCACAGUCCUCGGAACAGACAGCAAAGACCGACCAAGUCGAGGCCUUCGGUUGGGGUUUUGAGUGCUCCAUUGGAGUCUCAGCUAGCUGUGAAGUCUACCAAGCGGCCAAUCAUCGUAGGCGUGGCGCUUGAUUGCUAUUUCAAGCAGAUCUCACAGAUGCCGAGUUGGUCUAAGGUCGAAUUCUGCAAAUAUGCGGCUGCGUGGGCUGGGCAGGACUGUGCUUGCAAGAACAAGUUUGAUGCCGAAGAGAAAUCUGAUAAGAAAUACGCUAAUGAAAAUGGCGCUGGGUACUAUCUAGAAGGCAGCAACUUGAGCAAUGGUUUUGACCGAAAUGGCUACGGUAAUGCUGUUGAGAUUGAACAUGAGGAUGAUGUUGUGGAACAAAUAAGGGAGUUGAAGAUUGAAAGAGUUGAUUCAGGGGAAUUCGAAUUGAAGGGGGUAAGGAUUCCCCUGGAUUGGGAAAUUUUGCAGCCUUUGUUGAGGAUUUUGGGGCACUGCCUGUUGGGGACAUUGAGCGCCCAAGAUGUCAAAGAUGCUGCUUCUGUGGCGGUUAGGCGAUUGUAUGCUAGAGGGUCUCAUGAUUUGCUUCCGCAGGCGAUAUUGGCAACUCAGAGUUUGAUUCGGCUUGAUAAUAGAGCAAGGGAGGCUGCACAGAUAUCAGCAGCUACAAAUCCGCCGUCAAAUGUAACUACACCUAGCAAAGCUAAGAAGCCUGAAGUUUUAUUGGUUUCCAAAUAAAUCUUCCUCCAGGUUGCAGUUUGCUUUGCAGGUAUGGAGCUUCUGCACAUUCUAUUGUUAUCGUGUUAUUGACUGCAGUAUAGUUGGUUCCUAAUUGAUGGUACAGUGGAAGCCUUGUAGUUUCUCAAUUUGGCAUUCAACUUGAUUUAUGUUGACUGAUCUCACCAUAUGGAGACAGACCAUUGCCAUCAACUUUCAAACUUCUCUGCUCCGGCAUUCCAUUGUCUCCCACUAGUCACUGAAACUUGCCAGUAAGAGUAAUUUCCAACAAGUUGCGUGAGUAUUUGAUUGCUUGGUUAAGGUACCCCUUCAAUUUGGUAUUGCAUUAUCUCCUACGGCCAACUAUCAGUUAGUAGCCAAUCAUUCACAGGAAGAAAAUAAAACCUACCAUUCAGUGGCAAAGAGGCUGCUGCCUACUUAAAUAUGCAUACUGGAUUUUAUAACUAGGAUUGGUGUUUCUGUAACCUAUUAAUUUCAUUAGUGUUUGGAAUAAAGCUUGCUCUCUCAUGCAUGACAGAUCCUUUCCUCUGAAACAUGGAACUUAUUCAUAUUUCCAAUUUUAUCUUUAUGUUAAGGCUCUUUGGAUAUGCCUUGAUUGAUCUUUGACCAUGUUUUUAUUGUAUAUGGGCUACAUCAGGAAGACUUUGUCUUUUCUUGUCAACAAGCAGGAGUUGUCAACCUUGACUGUCUAAAAUUUGUAUUCAAUGGAUUUUCUUUUUGUACUAGAGGGUUUGUUAUUGCACUGGUUAAUAAUGUAUAUAUGUGCAAGCUUACCUCCUCUGCAUACGGUCCAUUAUGUGGUAUCCAAUUGUAAAGUAGUGCUGUAUGAGAAAUGAGCAAAGUCUUUCCAUGGCAGUGUCGAACUGUAUAUCCAUUUAACUUGAUUUGGUAUUUGGGGUAAAGUGAGUUUUUCUUCAGUUUAGUUUCCAAUACUUUGCCAUGACUAUUUGAAUGUUUUGUUUCGUAUGGCAGUUCAAAGCAACUGGUUUUGUACUCUAUGCAGAAGGCUUACUUUGACACGAUAUCAGACUUGCUGGCUGGAUAACUAUGCGAUUUUAGCGAGUGAACCAAUCUGUUUCGGCCAACAAUUGUGGGAAAGUCGCUCUUGAACUAACGUCAUAUAAUUGGAUCGUUGCCCCAAAACUACAAGUAUAGUCCGUUGAUGUUUGAAUAGUAAAAGUGUUGUGGCCAGGGUUGAAUUUAAUUUAGCCAAAAAGGCCUCGCUGAUCCUGAUGCUGCACCCAGGAGUUUGUAGCCUCUACAAUGAGGUGAUUUUCAGAAAUGUGUAGCCCUUGUCUUUGCAGUGUGUAACUUCAUCCACAAUUCUCAUAUUUGUUCAACACAUACUAUUAGGCAACUCUGGUGCUGUGCUGCAGCUAGAGGUAUCAAUCGGGUGGGUUCGGGUUGGGUUCAAAUUGGUUAUGAGUUAGAUGGGUUCUGGUUUAUUGGAUAAUGUAUUCAAUCAGGUUACGGGUUCAUUAGAUCCCAACUUCAUUUGGUUGAGUCAUGCGGGCUACGAGUGUAUCAUGUUGUGAGUUGUUCCGGUCACACAUUGUGUUACUCUUUACUUGUUAAAACUUACAUAUUCUUUAUUAAACUAAUUUCAACAUG